GAGAAUAAGUACAACAAAUCACACUGUGGCGCAUACAUGCUAUGACCAGUACGCUUAAAUAAUUUUUAAAUGUAUAAAUGUAAGGUCUAACAUUUCUAGUAUUUUAGAGAGGCUCAGGCUCGCUUGCCCUGUGAUGAGCCAACCCACCUCUUUUUUCAGGAAGGGAUUUAAACGCGUCUUUCUUCGGGGUCUCGGCUUUGCGUCUCUGGCCAUGGUCCUGAAAUGCUCUCUUUCCUUAUGUAUUGUUUUCGUGGGGAAGUAUAGCUAAUGCUGCUUAUCCUGGAACUUCCACCUUAUGUUAUGCUUUAUAGCACACUAAUUCAUUAUUUUAGAAUAUAUGUCAUAUUAAGUAUAAAAUUUUUAUUUAUCAUCAUUGAAAAUAUGGAUAGUUUAAGACUUAUUUUCCUCCACUUACAUCUUUUGUUAAAUCUUUUAUAUUUAUUGAGACUCAGAGGUUUCACAGAGUAAGAAUUUCAUUGUAUAGUGCAGCAGAGUGUUUCUUUUAUGACAAUAAAGCUCUUGAACCUUAAAAAGUGUUUUACCUUCAUGGUGAUUGUUUAUUGGGAUGGACAUUUGCUGUUACUAUAGUGUUUCGUUCAAUUGAAGUGUUUUUCUAAAACAUUGCUAAAACUGUGUGAAAGUGGAUGGGUUUGCUUGUUUCUGUAGUUCAUCAGAAUGGACUCAAAGUGCCGCUAUUGGUCAGUGUGUCACAGUUUAGAGAGCAGAUUUUCAGCAGUUCCACCCCCAUCAUCUCAAUAUUAUUAGAGAGAGAGAGAGGCUGAAGCUGAGCACACAGUCUUAUGAGGAGGACAGAUUACGAAUCACGGAGAUAUAUUAUUUAGUGUCUAUCUGGAUUUACAUUUGUCUUAGUAUUUUAUGCUUUGGACAUAUACGGAUUUUUCUCCACACAUUUUGGAUUGGUAUAUUUUAUCCCAGGCUUUAUCUUCCUGUUUUUCUUCAGAAUGUCGGACAGAACAAUGGCGCGGCAAGUACUGCUGUUUAUUUGGUUUCUUUCUCUCAGUUCAGCUCUCGGGCAGGUCAGUUACUCCAUUCCUGAGGAAAUGUCGAAAGGCUCUUUAGUUGGUAACAUAGCGCAGGAUUUGGGUUUAGAUUUAAAGAGACUGAAAUCUGGCAAAGCCCGAAUUUAUACAGGAGACAGCGCUGAAUACAUCGAGCUGAAUAAAGACAGAGGAGUCCUCCUUAUCAAAGAGAGAAUAGACCGAGAGACGCUAUGCGGACAGACAACGCCUUGCGCACUACAUUUACAGAUUAUUCUGGAAAACCCGAUGCAAUUAUACCGCGUUACAGUGGAGGUAACAGACAUAAAUGACAAUGCACCGAUUUUUAGUAAGAAGGAGAUGAGAUUUGAAAUUACCGAAAUGUCUUUAGCAGGAGCCCGAUUUAUUUUGGAAAGGGCUGUUGAUCGUGACGUGGGUCAAAAUAAUGUGCAUAGUUACUCUCUCCAGCCCACAGAUAAUUUUGUUUUAAAAUUUCAGAAUCUUCCCAAUGCAAAUGAAGCCGUUGAAAUGGUUCUUCAAAAACCUUUAGAUCGCGAGAAACAGGAGCAUAUUACUUUACUGUUAACAGCUUUUGACGGAGGUGAUCCUCAGAUGUCCGGCACAAUGCAGAUACACGUUACAGUCUUAGACGCAAAUGAUAACGCCCCUGUUUUCUCACAAUCUGUGUACAAAACAAGCAUCGCUGAAAAUUCUCAUAAAGGCACGGUUUUAACAACAGUCAGUGCAUCCGAUAAGGACCACGGUUCAAACGGUCGAUAUCUUGUUUUCCAUUUCGAGUACAGCAGGCACGGCAGCAGAGACUUUUGAAGUAGACCCCGAUUUUGGUGUUGUAAAACUUAUUGGGGGCAUAGACUAUGAAAAAAAUAAGCAUUAUCAAAUUGAUGUUCAAGCACGCGAUGACGGCGGGCAUACAGAUUCAUGUAAGGUCAUUGUUGACAUCAUUGACGUC